GGCUGGAUCUGCGUCGCCUUUCAGCGCAGCUGGGUGGAGGCUGCGGGAGAAGCUGCGGAGACUAACCGGAGGCAAACACACAGAGAAACUCCAGAUCACAGACCGUGAUCACACACAGACACGCGAGCAACACAGGUCAGUGGGGGGGGGGCUUGGAGGCCUCGAUGGUGUCGUCAUGGUGAAGGAUGUUCCGGAAAGUCAAGAAGCGCCACAGCAGCAGCAGCUCGCAAAGCAGCGAGAUCAGCACUAAGAGCAAGUCUGUAGAUUCUAGUUUGGGGGGGCUCUCCAGAUCGAGCACGGUCGCCAGCCUCGACACAGACUCCACCAAGAGCUCAGGUAACAGUGCGUCUGACGCGUGUGCUGAGUUCCGGGUGAGGUACGUGGGAGCCAUCGAGAAGUUACAGUUUGACAUGAGCAGGACGCUGCAAGAGCCUCUGGACCUCAUCAACUACAUCGACGCAGCUCAGCAAGACAGAAAGCUGCCGUUUGUGCCCGGAGAGGAGGACAUGAUUCUGGGAGUGUCCAAGUAUGGCGUCAAAGUGGCCUCGCUGGACCAGUGUGACGUGCUGCAUCGUCACCCUCUGUACCUGAUCGUACGUAUGCUGUGUUACGACGAUGGCCUCGGCGCCGGGAAGAACCUCCUGGCUCUCAAAACCACUGACCCGCAGCAGGAAGAGUGCAGCAUCUGGGUGUACCAGUGCAGCAGCUCCGAGCAGGCUCAGUCCAUCUGCAAAGUGCUGUCGGCUUCUUUUGACUGCGCUCUGACGUCCGACAAGUCCUGAGGUCAGGGACACGGACCAGUGCCGAGAUCUGUCCAGGAACAAUCCCAGCAGCUGACAAUAAGGAAACCAGCAAACCUGCAGUUUGUUUUUUAAACAUGUGACCAUUUCCCUUUUCACCCAACUUUUCCAUGAUUUUGUUCACAGAGGUUAAAGGCUCAGUGUGUAAGAUUUAGCUUAGAGGGAACUAUUGGCAGAAAUUGAAUAUAAACUUAUCCUGUGUUUCAUCUAAAUUGUGGAGAGGGGUAUUCAGCUGCCACAUGAAACUUCACCACUAGAUGUCACUAGAUUUUACACACUGAACCGUUAAGUGCAGGGUCAAUCUGCUCUGCUGCUCUUUGUUAGUUUUCAUGAUUCAAGCCGAUGAUUCGAUGGCAGAGUCUCGUUCAGCCUCAUUCCCUCCUUUCUCCAUUUGAGACAAAUCCUCAGUGAAUUUGUCGUAAUCAUUUCCCCUGGAAUUAGCUUCCUUUACCUCACCUCUUCCUUUGACCUUUCAAAAUAAAGUUUGGAAAGGAGGGAAAUGGUUGCAUUAAAAAAAACAAACGUUGGAGGACAGUGCAGUUUUUUGUUUGGGAAAUGUAAACGCCUCAUAUUUAUAUAAAUGACGGUACAUGAUGCUGCAACACAUCUCCACCUAGGUGUGUCAGCAUGUGAUGAUUCAUGGGAGACAUUCAAACUUGACGGUACACACGGUAUUUAUGAGCCACAGUUUGUUUCUCUUCACGUGGAAACCUCCAGAUCCCUUUGGAGGUUUUAAAUCUUUUUGUGUCUUUGUGUUUAAACAACAGUGUCGGUACAACAGCGGUCAGCAUUUCUUAAUAAAUUUGGUUUUGUGCGCAUUUUUUUUAUUUCCUCUUGUUUAAAAUCUCUUGGUACCAAAAGCUUGAUGUAUUUUCUGACUUGUUUUUUUACAUCUGAUACCAGAGAAACCUGAAUGGGCUGUAAAAAACCAUCAGAAAGAUUUAGGAGCAACAAAAAAGUGUUUACAUUCGUGGCACAAACUGGACAUCACUUAGGACAUGUACUCUUCCUGUUCACCUCAUUCCAGUUGAGCUUGGGUUAUGAAAUGUAUUUGAUCUGGUACAAUAAAAGAGAGGAAGUUUUGUAUUUGAAGUAUUUUACUGAUUAAAAUGUACUUUCUCCUUUU